AUGGUGCGGCUGGCGGCCGAGCUGCUGCUGCUGCUGGGGCUGCUCCUGCUCACCCUGCACAUCACCGUGCUGCGCGGCAGCGGCGAGCCCCACGCCCCCACGGGCAACCACAGCCAGCGCAAUUUGCAAAAUGAUCUCUAGUUGGAUACAGACCUUUCUCCUGAAGACAGUUUCACCCUGAACCCUGAGGAGCAACGAGAAUACCCUGAUCUCCAGGCUGCCCACCGGCCAUUCCCAAAGGAGCAGUUCAGGCAGGAGAAUAGGCAUACAUCCUUGCAGAGAGAUGGACCCAGAUCUUUUCUCCUGGACUUCCCAAACUUCCCUGACCUGUCAAAAGCAGAUAUCAAUGGGCAGAAUCCAAACAUUCAGGUUACCAUUGAAGUGGUGGAUGGCCCCAACAUGGACACAGACAAGGACCUGCAGAAGGAGAGCAGCAAGCCCAGCUGGGCAGCCCCAUCACCCGACUGGAGGAGCUGGUGGCAGAGAUCCUCCACCUUCACCCGCAUGAGCAGCGGGGACCAGGACUACAAGUACGACAGCACCACUGAGGACAGCAACUUCCUAAACCCUCUCCCUGGGUGGGAUGGCCAUGCACCCAAUCACAGGACAUUUGGGUCCAAGGAGCAGCCCGAGUAUGAUUACGUUGAUGGAGAUGGUGACUGGAGCCCGUGGUCCCUGUGCAGCGUCACCUGCGGCAGCGGAAACCAGAAGCGCACGAGGUCCUGUGGCUAUGCCUGCAUGGCCACCGAGUCCCGCACCUGUGACAGGCACAACUGCCCAGGGAUCGAAGACACCUUCCGGACAGCUGCCACUGAAGUGAGUUUGCUGGCAGGGAGCGAAGACUUCAACGCCACCAAACUAUUUGAAGUUGAUACUGAUAGCUGUGAGAGAUGGAUGAGCUGCAAGAGCGAGUUCCUGAAGAAAUACAUGCACAAAGUGGUCAAUGACCUUCCCAGCUGCCCGUGCUCCUACCCCAGAGAAGUUGCCUACAGCACUGCUGAAAUCUACGACCGACCGAAGAGGAAAAGCUUCCGCUGGAAGGAUGCAAGCGGUCCAAAGGAGAAGCUGGAGAUCUACAAGCCCACGGCGCAGUACUGCAUCCGCUCCAUGCUGUCCCUGGAGAGCACAACACUUGCAGCACAGCACUGCUGUUAUGAUGAUAACAUGCAGCUGAUCACCAGGGGCAAAGGGGCAGGGACACCCAACCUGAUCAGCAUCGAGUUCUCAGCAGAGCUCCACUACAAAGUGGACAUUCUGCCUUGGAUCAUAUGCAAAGGGGACUGGAGCCGCUACAAUGAAGCCCGGCCUCCCAACAAUGGGCAGAAGUGUACAGAAAACCCAUCAGAUGAAGACUACUAUAAGCAGUUUCAAGAAGCAAGGGAAUACUGA